AUGCAGGAUCAAUAUAGACUUCCAAGUUACCUAAAAGAUUCAAGAAAAAAUAGCACUCAGGUAGUCGCCCCAGCUUCAAGAGAUGCAAAAACACCUAAAAUAAACCGCGUUGUUUCUGAGCCAAAGCUAUUCCCAGCUACUACCUCAAACCUUUAUAAAUUCAAAUAUACUAAUCCUCAGCCUGACCAAACAUACCUUGCAAAAAUAAGGCCAAAGCAUAUACAAAUUGAUAAAGAAAAGCUAUAUGAAGAAAAUCUCGUUUAUAAGCAUAUGAUAAACUCCUUGAGCGAAGAAAACACAAAGCUAAAGACCAAAAUCUCUCAAAUGGAGCAUGAUAUGCAAGAAAAAAAUUUCAGCCGAAUUGAAGCUUUGCCUUAUUCCUAUGUGCCACUUAAUAAUCCUAAGCCAAAAUCUCAAUUUCAUUUAAUUGAAAAUUUGAAAAAUAGCGUAAAAGAGCUGCGAAAUGAGCUGCAGAUACGCAACACAGAGUAUGAAGAGCUGAAACGAUCAGCAAGGAUCACAAAAAUGAACGAAAUUUCUGAAGAAUUAAAGCAAUAUACCAAUGAAUGCAUGAGACUGAAAAGACUUAUGGAUGAAUUACUGCAGGAUAAAAAUAAUGUACAUGAUAACCCUGGAGGCAUGAAUGCAUUAAGUGCAUAUGAAAGGUUGAGGAAUGAGAAAGAACAGUUGGAAAAAAAUUUGAAAUUUUAUCAAGAGUCAGAUAGGGUGAAGACUGAGCAGAUUGAGGAGCUGAAAAAGAUCAUUAGUCAGGGGGAUCAUGGAGUUUUGAUAAUUGAUGAAGAGCCUAUUUCGAAAAGAUCUCAUAGCAAUAAAGAAAAAAAUGUGCAGAAGAAUAAAGGAAUAGGUGGGCAAAAAGCGGGGAAAGUGAAGGAAAGAGAAAAUCCGCUGCCUUUGCCGAAGAAAGAAGAAGUUUCUAACUCCUCACCCCGUGAGCGAACAAAACCAUUAGAAAAAUCCCUAUUUUUGGGUAAAAAACCCCACCUCCAUGAGCGAACAAUUUUUUUGGUUCGCUCACGAAGGGGAGGUAAAAGAAGAUAAAGGAAGUGAAACCGCUGUUCAGGCAAAGCUAGUACUGAAAAAAAUGCAAAUAUUUUUAAAGGUAAAUAAAUUUCAGCCUAAAGAAUGGGUUAGCUCACUUACCAGAGCUAUUCAAGGAAUUCUCUCAUUAGAAGAGCUUAAAAAAGCCCUGGUAAUGGCAAGCAUCCCUGUAAACAACGAAGAGCUUCAAAUUUUAAUGAGGCAGUUUGGAGAAAAUGAUAAUCAAAUUUUGUGUUCAGUCUUAAUAGAUGAGCUUAGUUCGAUGAAUUCAAAUAAACCAGGGUUGUCUUCAACUCCUUCAAUCGUAAUAAAGCCAGAAGAAGACAACUCUGAAACCAUUUCAAGAAAAGACGCCCAGCGCAUAUUUGAAGAAAUUCAAUGUAGAUUGACUCUUCAAGAUGUAAAAAAUUUAAAAGGAGUUCUAGAAAAUGACCUCGGAAAUGAGUCAUUUACGUUUUCAGAUUUAAUGGAAAUUUUUAAUGAUAGAUACUUACGCUUGGCUUGGUAAUUUUUUACGGAGAUUUUAAAAUUCAAAUAGAAAUAAAAAAUUUAUGUUUUAUAGAGAAGCUUAAUAGAAUUGGAAAUAUAUCAUCAUAAAUUAAUAGUCAAAAUUUAAUAUUAAAAAGUUGACCUAUGGACAAUGGACUAAAAGAAGCUUAUUAGGAUAUCUAAUGAUUUUGCUUGCUAAGCAAAGAGGAAGCUAGCAAUAGCAAAAGAAGAAGAGAGAAAAGAAAUCAUUAAAUACCUGCUUUGCAAUAAAAAAAGCAUAGAAAAAGAUGAGCUGAUUAAAGGGAUUCUCAAUGAAAAUGCGAACUGAAAACCUUUAACUCCUGGCGAAGUGGAUAACGCUAUUAGAAGAGUGAGAGUAAAUUUAUUAGAAGGUUAUGAUGAUUUAUUAGCAAGAAUAAGAGUAAAAUUUACAGAUGAGAUGGCUCCUGUCCGAAUUUUAGUAGAUGAAAUGAAAAUCCAUGGCUUUAUUAACACUCCUGAGCAAGCUAUUUUUUGUAGAGCUCAAUUUUUUGCAUAUGAAAAAUCGAUGGAUAAAGUGCCAUAUUUGCAGGCUCUCGAAGACAUAUAUAAUUUGGUAAGCAGGGUUUAUGUGAAAAAUGUUUCAACAACGGAGCCGCCUGAGAGCUACAUAGAAGAAGAAAAUUCUCCAUUUGAAGAAAAUAAAGAAUACAUUUAUUCUCAGCUAGAGCCGAUUUUAUCUGAGGAAGAAAAGCAUCCAGAUAUAGAAAGCAGCAGAACUACUCAAGAAACUCACAAAACUUAUACCACAGGUGACUCAAAUAGCAUUGAUAUUCCUGAUGAAGCUCAGAUCCAACUAAGUUCUAACAUUGAAGAAAAACUGCAAAUAAGCUCAAAUAUUGAUGAAAAAAUUGAAGAAGAUUUUUAG